UAUUUUUAUUUUGGAUAGAGUGGCCCCUUGCACAGAAAAAACUACAAAAUAAAAUCGAAGAUAAUGACGAUAAAUGUAUUAAAUUUAAAUAAUUUAGAACGUGUUAGAUCCUAUUAUCUUACUAAUGCUCUUAAAAUUUUAACCUUGUUGAGUUAUAUAGUCUAAUAAAAAUGAAAUAUUCGGAGAAUAUGGAUGUAUUUCUUGUUAAAAACAAUUUUUCAGCAAGGCCUUCAACUGGAAGAGGUCUUUGGGUACUAUUUCUUCUACCUAUUUCAUUGAUUAUUUCUCUAAUAAGACACCCAAUUACAGUUACACCCACAUAUAAAUUAGCAACUCUGGUAUCCUUUACACUACUGUGUAAUUCAUUAUAUAUUGUUAUUAAAUGUUUCAAGAGAGAAAAACUAAAGAUACUGAAUACAUAUUCAACUUUUAUUGCAAUAUCAACUGGAUGUUUGUUUCAUGUUUGCUUGCAUAAAGGAUGGACUUUCUCAAUUUUAAGUGGAGUAGUUCCAACAUUAAUGUAUCUAAAAGUAUUCUCUUUCCUGUUAACUAACUUGAAAGAGAGCUUUACAUUGGGUGAAGCAGGAUUGAUCUCACAAGGGCUCACAAUUUUCGUUUAUAGCACGUUUAUCAAUGUAUUUCGUUUUGGUAGCAGAACCACUGUUAAGAGUAAUAUGCAAAUAUCUACUCUAAUUAUACAAGUAGGGCUUUGUGGAAUUUUAACUCUAGCUUUACUGCUUUAUAAAUUUAGUAUUAAAAAUGUAAAAUAUUUUUAUGUUACUACAACUAUUGUAUUGACAGCAACAAUUAUUGUUCCAUUGCAUGCCAUAUUAAAGCAAAGUCCAGUACUCUGGAUAUUUCAGCAAGUUUUUGAUGACGUUGUUUUAUUAAAACUUUUUUUGUAUUGGAGUACAUGCAUUGCUGUUGCUAUUUUGGCUGUGAGCAACCAAAUAUACUAUGCCCAGAAAGCAUCUACCAGUAGUAGAAAAGUCUUCCACAUUCUGGCAGUUCUAGUUUACAUUCCUGGAUUAUAUUUCAAAUGUGCAUUUUUGUAUUUAUCUACGGGGGUUGUACUAGGUGUAUUUCUUGCUCUAGAGAUUCUAAGACUGUUAUCCAUUCCUCCAUUGGGUCAAGGGCUGCAAGAUGGUUUUGUGGUUUUUAAAGAUGAGAAAGAUGGAGGACCUCUGGCUUUAACUCCAAUAUAUUUAUUGGCAGGGGUGAGUUUGCCUAUUUGGCUGCACCCAUCACCUUGUGACGUGACGGAUUCUGCUCAGUUUUACAUACUGCCUCUGCUGAGCGGAUUAGCCUCAAUAGGCAUUGGAGAUACUGCAGCAAGUUAUGUAGGAUCGAAGUUUGGUAGAUUUAAAUGGAAGGGGUCAUCAAGAACAUUUGAAGGGACACUAGCAUGUUUUGUAGGCCAGUUAGCAUUUUUUUACUUCCUUCAUUACAUAGGAUUUAUACCAAACGCAACUUCAGAGUAUGUCAUUAAAAUAGUAGCUUCUAGUGUUGUUAGUUCUCUUGUGGAAGCAAAAACUACUCAAAUUGACAAUUUAGUGCUUCCUCUUAUAAUGUACAUCAUAUUAUCUUAGACUGUUUUUUUAUUUUUGUUAAUAAAAAUCCUUAAUAUAAUAAA